GAGCCGGCGGCGGACACAUGGCGCUGUGCCGGCGGUACUUCCCGCGCCUGUUCGCGGCGGUGGUCGCGCUGUACCUGCUGACGCUGCUGCACGUCUACCGCACGCGGCUGUGGCAGCUGCGCGCCACCCGCCACGACAUCUCCCACCUCAACCACACGCGGCUGCGCUACGUGCUGCAGUGGACGCGCCGCUUCUCCGCGCCCUUCGACUUCAUGGGCGAGGGCAACUCCGCCUUCGUCCGCAACCGCUGCCGCCACACCAACUGCUACGUCACCGACGACGCCGACUACUUCCUGAACCAGAGCGACUUCGAUGCGAUCGCGUUCAACGGCCGCGACGUGAUCCACCUGUGGCCGUUCCAGAUGCCGAGCGGCCGGACGCCGCGCCAGAAAUACAUCUUCGGCGCGAUGGAGUCGCCCGACAACUUCCCGGCAUGCGACGAGGCCCUCGACGGGUUCUUCAACUGGACGUGGACGUACCGCCUGGACUCAGACUUCCGCUGGGGCUACAUCACGAUCUACGACAGGAGCGGGGCAGUCGUGGGGCCGAAGAUCGACAUGCACUGGCCGCCGCUCGACCCCGUCAAUGACCAGCUGAAGUGGAAGCUGUCGGGGAAGACGCUGGCGGCGGCGUGGUUCGUGUCGCACUGCCGCACGCGGCGGCGGCGCGAGGACUUCGUGGCGGAGCUGCAGACGGAGCUGGCGCGGUACGGCCUGGCGGUGGACGUGUACGGCGCGUGCGGCGACCUCGACUGCCCGCGGGGCGAGCGCGCCUGCGACCGCCUGCUGGAGCGCUCCUACCACUUCUACCUGUCGUUCGAGAACUCGUUCGCGGAGGACUACGUGACGGAGAAGCUGCUGACGGCGCUCGACAACUACGCCGUGCCCAUCGUCUACGGCGCCGCCAACUACUCACGUUUCCUGCCGCCCGGCAGCUACCUGGACGCGCGCGCGCUGGGCCCAGCGGCGCUGGCGCGGACCAUGAGCGAGCUCAUCGCCAACAAGUCGCUAUACUACGAGUUCUUCCGCUGGCGCAACCACUACACUUACCGCGAGACCUCCUCCACCGACGACGUGUGUCGACUCUGCGAGAUGCUCAACGAUGAUGACAGAAUGGCGGAGACCACCGUCUGGAAAGACUUCAGGAGCUGGUGGAACGGCGCGCAGUACGAGGAGAACUGCACAUGACAGAAGGGGAUGGAAGUACAUAUUUUGUUCUCGGAAGCCGUUUAGUCUUGUAACUUCGGUGCGUGGUGUGAUAGUGAAUUGGUCCAAGAAGAAUAAUAAUUAUUGUUCCGCGAUAUGUCUGAGUUUAGACCAAGUAAACAAAUAAAAAUAAUAUUAUAGGAUGUAAAGAACUAAAAACGAUAAAAUAUCAGAACUCCAAAAGUGAUGACAUGAUAAAAUAAUUAGAUAGAAUAUAAAGACAGUAGCGGCGUAGGGCGGAGCGACGCUGGGCGACCGCCCAGGGCGCCUGAUAAAAAGAGGCGCAGAACGCAAACAAUAGGGGCGCCGCCUUUUUUAGCACUACCAGCACCCUGGGCGCC